UAUAAAUAUGCUUAGAAUCGCCUGUUGCGGUCGAGUGAUUACCCUCUCAAUAUUUCAUGGGAACACACUGUACACAAAAAUGUGAAUUCUCGUCAUAACUUUGGCUGGGAAUCGUUUUAAUAUUUAUUUUUACCUUGUUUCUCCAUGACACAAAAAGUUUCUUCUUUUUUCUUAUUUUCCUUAAUUUUUUGCUCUUCGAAAAGCAUAAAUGAGAAGACCUAAAUUACUGUCUUCUAUACUAUGUAUAACCUCAUUAUAUGCAGCUAGUGCUGUCAAUGUUGUUCUCUGGGAACGCUCGCUUACCAUGAACGCUACAAAUAUGAACGCUACUAAUGUGGGAAUAAUAGAUUUAUCUACGUCUUACUUAGCUACAUGCCAAGACUUUCAAGGAAUACAAGUUGAUUCAUCGAAAACUUUACUCAAUAGAGUCGUAUUCAACUUCGGCGAUUGUUGUAACUCAACGACCACAACCCUCGAGUAUGUUCAAACACUCAAUAAUAAUAGUCUCCAAGUAGCAGGUAUCGAUCUUGCACAAAAGAUUGCCCUAAUUAAAAGGGGAAACUGUAAAUGGAGCGACAAGUUAGAUAAUGUAAAAAAACUUUCGGACGCGCAUUCAUUACAUGUUACCGCCAUGCUCAUUUAUGAUAACGAAACUCAUAACACGAACAUAAGUGUAGAAAGAACUUUUGUAUACAAUAAUGGUGCCAUAGACCCUCCUGAAUAUUCAACACCGCUACCUGAUGUACGGAAUGUAGUUAACAUGUCUGAUAAUGACUUGUUUUCCUCUACGUCCCUCUUAACACCAGUUUAUUUUGUCCCUCUUGUUUAUGGCGAACUCUUUAUUCAGAGACUGAAAGAUUCGUUUGACCCAACCAAUCCAAGUUUAAAAAAAUAUUGGGUCCUAUCACCUUUCUUAGUCGACACAUCCGGAAGCUCUCGUGGUCUCGCUGGAAGUGAUAGAGCCUAUAUAGCAUACAUCAUUGCUCUAGGCGGCAUCUUUGUAAUGGGUGUAAUAUUCCUAAGAUGGUGGAAAAUACGAAGACUAAGAGCUGGCCACGCUUUCGAUGGUUUCACUACCCCCAAUGCGUUUGGUAUGCAAACUAGAGUUAACCGACUGGAUCCUCUUCCUGUGGAAGUUGUCAACUCUAUACCUAUUGCUAAAUAUGCCGAUGAUCUUGUGAAAAAUGUUAAUUGUGCGAUUUGUCUUGAAGACUUUGUACCUGAUAAAAAUGAUAUCCGUAUUUUACCUUGUGCCCAUGGCUUUUGUGUACUAUGUAUAGACCCCUGGCUUACACAGAAGUCGUGCAUGUGUCCUAUUUGCAAAUGGGAUUGUUUGCCUGCUGACCUUCGUCGAGAAAGAAAUGAGACACUGCAAAGAGAUCGAAAUGCUCGACAGUCUAAUACUACGACCAAUGAGUCAUCAACUGAAAUUAAUGAACAUACUGUUGAAAUACCAAUCCCAUCUUCUGUUGAUGCUCCAGAAUCGAAUCCUGCUGAGAAUGCAACUACUCUCCCUACAACCACUAUCACUACUACCAGACCCGCUACUACUAGUCCCACUACAACUAACAAUACUGAAUCGACUGCUGAGAAAGACAGACCCGAGUUGCGGAAUCCAUUUGCAUCCAAUUCUUCAUCUGUGAAUCAUCAGACUGGGGAUUCUCUGCGUCCUGAGUCAUCAACGUCACCUUCUGAAGAACUUGAAAUGACUUCAAAGAAAAGAACUUCUCCCAAAAACUAAUCUAUGUAUCCAUCCCCACUCCCAUACAACCUUUUAAUCUUGUUAUAUUAUUAACCUUACUAUCUAUGUAUUUCUUACAUGUACCUUUCUAAUUAAUCCAUUCAUAUGAAAAUACAAAUUAAAUUAUUCGUCCUACUCUGUAACACUUUACAAAA